GGAAUUGGCCCUUUGUCUCCCUGGUCUCAGGGAGGAGGGCCUUGCUGUGAGGAUCUUCAGCAGGUCACAGGAGCAGACACGUCCUGUCAGCAAAGGGAGCAGCUCAGAAUCUGCUGGGAAUCAAGGAGAGGAACUUGGGGGAGGACUGAAGGUGUUUUCUAUUGGAGCUCAGGAACCAGGAGAGGAAGGUCUUGGUCUGAGGCAGUGUCCACAGAUCACACAGCAGACCAGGCCCAGGAGUCAAGGCAUCUGACUCCUCAUCACCAAGCUCUUGCUCUCCCCAAAGAACUUCAGAACUUCUUCACUGUCAGAGGACACAGCACAGCAAGCUAGGAGGAGGCGCUCUUGUCCAAAGAGGUGCACGGGGCCUGGCAGGCGUGCAGGUUUUGAAGCCUCUGAGAGAGGAAGUAGCACCCAGCACUUCCUUCCUCUGGCUCCUCAUCCUUCAGUACUCAAAUCCCUGCUACAUCAAGAGAAGUGUGAAGGACUAGGGCACCGAGUUGUCCCCAGGUGUCUUCAUUCCGUGCUGCCAUGGCCUCCAGUCACAGGAGCCAAUGCAGUGAGGGCUGCAGCAGGCAAGAAGAGGAUCUCUGCACCUCCCCAGACAUGCUAGUCCUGCAGUUGCUGUGCCCUCUGUACCAAGAUAACAAGAUUGCUAAACUGUUGCCAAUCCUGCUCCUCAAGUAUCAAAGGAAGGAGGUGAUCACCAAGACAGAAAUGCUGCGCAGUGUGGAACACCGUUACAGACAGAACUUCCCUCAGAUAUUCAAGGCAGUCUGUGAGUGCAUGGGUCUGGCCUUUGGCAUUGAUAUGAGAGAAUUGGAACCCGGUAGCAAAAUAUAUGUCCUUAUGCCUGUCUUGGGCCUCACUUAUAGUGGGUUACUGGCUGAGGAUUACCAGAGCAUUUCCAAAAUCAACCUCCUGCUAGUCAUCCUCAUUGUCAUCUUCUUGAAGGGUAACCGUGCCAGUGAGGAGGAUGUAAGGGAAUUCCUGAGAACAAGGGAAAUGUUACCUCAGAGGAAGCACUUUGUUAUUGGGGAUCCCUGGAAAUUCAUCACAAAGGAUUUGGUACAGCUACAAUACUUGGAGUAUCGGCAGGUGCCCAAUAGUGAUCCUGCUCACUAUGAGUUCCUGUGGGGUCCAAGGGCCAAGGCUGAAACAAGCAAGAUGAAAGUCCUGGAGCAUUUGGCGAAGGUUAACAGGAGAGAUCCCAGGUCUUACACACGUCUGUAUGAGGAGGCUUUGAGAGAGGGCCCAGAGGCUGCCCAUUCCUGAGAUAUGGGGCAGUGCAGGGGCAAGGUUAGUGCCAGCGACAGGAAGUGUUCCUAACCACAUCACUGUCUUAGUUCCCACCCCAGGAGAAAUGACUCCCACUCUUCACUCUGUUUCUGGAUUGCACAUAGUUUUCUAAGUCCUGAAGAGCCAGAGGAGGGGUAAAAUCCCAUGCAUACCACCAUCUUGCUGUCUGUUCUAUUUGGGUUCCUUGGAAAUGCACUUGUGUUUUCUUCAUGACUUUUUGAAGUCUUGUCCCUUUUUGGCAAGCUUUACAUAACUUGCACAUUUUAUUUUCAUAUUAAUACCCAUCACAUGUAUAUUUUUAUUUUUGUUAUAUUGAUAUUGAUGCUUGAUUGUGAUUCCUGAUGGGAAUGUGAUUUUGUGUGAUAUUGAUCAUAUAGGAAUUUUCUUCUUCCUUUCCAAAUGUAAGAGCCUUUGCUAUUUUUUCAAAACAACUUAGAACCCUUUCAUUUUAUGUUUAAGAAGAUGCCAUAGUUUUAGA